AAAGAAGAAGAAGAAGAAGAGUUGGCCUCCACAGCAGCACACUGUUGUGUUCAUAGAUAUCUAUGGUUGUGAUGAGCUUCAGAGUGAAAUAAACGCGGACAACAAUAAUAUAUUUAGUCAAAGUGAGUUUUAAUUAUGGACGUCGUGUUGUACCUGGUCGCUGCUGCUGUCCUCAUUGUUCUCAUCGCGUUUGCGGUGAAGCUGCGGAGCAAAACACAGGAAGCUGACGAGGAGCAGCAGAGGAAUGUUGUCCGGGCAGCGGGGCCCCCUCAGCGGGCAGCAGAGGAGCGAGGAGCCGGGAUGCCUCGCAGGAGGAGGAACCUGGCCGCGCAGGUGGCCAACAGACGACCGCAGAGAGACGUAGUGGAGCAAGAGGAGGAGCGUGUGGAGGAGGAGGGAGAAGAAGAGGAGGAGCAGAACAUCCAGAUGGCCGCAAAAGUUGGUGCCAAGAAGCAGAGAAAGCUGGAAGAGAAGCAGGCCAAGAAAGCCCAGAGAGAGGCAGAGCUGGAGGAGAGAGAGGAGAGGAAGAGGAUGCAGGAGCUCCGAGAGCAAGAGAGACGUCAGGAGGACGAGAGAGAACGAAAGCUGGAGCAGAAACAGGAGGAGGACGAGCGCCGGGCUAAAGAGGAACAAGAGAAACGGGAGGAGGAGGAGUACUUAAGACUUAAAGCCUCGUUCACCGUAGAGGAGCAGGGAGAGGAGGAGCAGCUCUCUGAGGACCAGUCACGUAACCUGCUGCAAGAAUUCAUCGAGUACAUCGAGAGCAACAAGGUGGUUCUCCUGGAGGACUUGGCUUCUCAUUUUGGGAUGAGGACACAGGAUGCUAUUAGCAGACUGCAGGACCUGCUAGCUGAAGGCUCACUCACAGGUGUGAUUGACGACAGAGGAAAGUUUAUCUCCAUAACCCCACAGGAGCUGGACUCAGUGGUUCAUUUCAUCAAGCAGAGAGGCAGAGUGUCCAUCACAGAGCUGGCUCAGGCCUCCAACUCUCUCAUCAACCUGACGCCCGAAAGCCGCACCAGCGCCUGACGGACCCCUGACGGACCCCUGAUGGACCCCUGAUGGACCCCUGACGGACCCCUGACGGACCCCUGAUGGACACCUGACGGACAGCACACUGGACAAUGAUAACAACACCGCCACUGGCUGGGGAUCAGCUGAGUCGCCUUUAUUCAUUACAUACGGAUGAGGACUUUAAUCAACAUAAAAACACUGAUGCAGCUUUGUUGUGAAAAUAUAAAUAUUCAGAAAAUCUAAAGUUUGAGAAUUGUAUUUUUUCACAUUUUUUCUGUUUGGUUUAGUGCAGUAAGUGAAUUUUUCUUUAUAAGAAUUCUUUAAAUAAGUAAAAAUAUAUCUCAGCACUGGAUAAACCAAUGAUAUGUUGAAAGUCCAAAUAUACUUAUUCUGAGUAAUUGUGGCUUGAAAAGCCACAAUUGCUCAAUUG